AGACCCACCCCUCACCAUUCAGCCCAGGAAAGCAACAGAGGAUUGACCUCAGGGGGAGAAUGGCCGCAGUGUGGAGGACAGGUGGAGUUAUGAUGCUCCUGCUCGUGUCGUCGGCAGCAGAGACCUCAGGUUUUCAGAUGACAGAUCCAAUCAUCUGUUACAUUCUGGAUGGAGCACUGCUCUUUUACAGCGUUAUCGCCACCAUGCUCUUCUUUAAAAUCAAGUGGUGCAAAACAUCCCAGACCACAGAACCCGUACCGGAAGAUACCUAUGCACAACUUAAGCCAGGUGCCCAUGAAGAGUAUGAAGAUUUAAAGACGGCAACAGCUACUCGGCCGAUGAAAAGACCAGGAGCUAGUAGCGACACAUACCAGACUCUCCAGGUGACGGAUGAUGCUAAUGAUGCCUACCAGGUGAUCACCUCCAAGGGAAAGGGUCGCAAGAAGAAGGAAAAAAAGGCCCAAGACCCCCAGCAUGUCAGUGAAGAGAACCAGCCCAUUGAGUCUCCCCCACCGCUACCCCCACAUUGACCGCUACGUCUGAACAGAUCCCUGUCAGCUUUUAUCUUGUGAGGACCUUCUAGACAGUCUUCCUUCUGUAUCUAUAGUAGUCUUACCUUCCUGGCUUGUCACUGCAUGUAAGAAAUCCGCAGAUUUGGUUUAGCGCCAACCAGACUGGACUGGUAAAUGUCAGGCAGGGUUGUCUUUUCUCCUCGCUCAUCGUAUGCCUGCAAGCUCAAAUGGGUUUAUUGUUGGCUGGGACAAAAACAUUUGGGAAUAGUUUUUUUUCAUAAUUAAUUACAUAAUUUGUAGAAUUCAAAACAAUAAAACAACUGUGCAUGUCUGAUGUAA